AUGCAUAUCUAUGCCUCUUGUGGGGUGUGGAAAUUUGAUCCCAAUAAAGGAUGGGGAUUUGCUGUUGAUAAAGAAAAACGAGGUAGAGUACUGGCUGUGGAAUUGACAAGUUCCUUUGAAGAUCUAAGGAAGACAGCUUUUGAGGACUUUGGAAUUGACCAAAACGAAGUCGAGCUUGAGUUAAGCUACUUACCUAUGGAGUUGAUAAGCACCAUAGACUGUCCCCCAGUUAUCAUUGAGAAUGAUCGGCAACUCAAAAAUUUUCUUACAUAUGUACGUGGAAAAGCUUCUACAAGGUUGUGUGUGUCUAUUUCACCUCUCAAUGGAAACAGCGACAACAUUGAGGUUGAUAAGGAGCAACCUAAAUCGCCUUCCAGAGAGCGAGGUGAGCCAUCCUCGUUUUCACCCAGAGAUCACAUCGCUAGUUCAUCUGAAUCAAGCAAUGAUGCUGAAGACGAUGGUAACUCGAACGCCUCAGAAGAAGAUGGAGGUGUUGACUUAAGUGCAAAAGAAGACGAUAGGGGGAAAGGUGUUCGGUUUUCUUUGGUGGAUGUUGUAAAGAAGGGUGAAACUUUUCAAAACAAAAUGAAGUUGAAAGCAGCACUCGAAAUGUCAGCAAUGAAGCAUAGCUUCGACUACAAAGUUGUGAAAUCGGACAGAAAACUGUGGUACAUUAGAUGCAUUGACAACCAUUGCAAGUGGAGUGUUCGUGCUGAGGGGUUAUCAGGAUCCACAUAUUUCAUCAUAAAAAAAUAUGUAGCAGAUCAUACAUGUGCUGCGUCGAGUAUGAAAAAUGGUGGUCGGACAGCUUCUGCAAAAACUAUUGGCACUCUAAUAAUGCAUAGGUAUGAUGGUGUGAAAGAAGGUCCCAAAACUAAUGAUGUCAUACAGAUUAUGAGAAUGGACCAUGGAUGCGAGAUAUCUAAAUCCUUAGCAUGGGAUGCUCGUGAGUUUGCAAUUAGUGUGGUCAGAGGUAUUCCAGAGAAGAGUUUUGGAAAAAUUUCGAGGUACUUGCACAUGCUCGAAGAAGCUAAUCCAGGAACACACACGUUUUAUGAAACCGAUGUUGAUGGGAAAUUUCGCUUUCUCUUCGUUUCGUUUGGGCAAUCACUCCGAGGUUUUCACACGUCCAUGCGAAAAGUUCUUGUUGUCGAUGGGACGUUUUUGAAGGGCAAGUACAAAGGGGUAUUACUUGCUGCUACAGCUUUAGAUGGUAACUCUAACUUGUAUCCUGUUGCAUUUGCCGUUGUGGACUCGGAAAAUGACCGUUCAUGGAAUUGGUUUAUGAGACAGCUAAAGCUUGUUGUUGCGGACGAGCGUUCUCUAGCUUUUAUAUCAGACAGAAAUACCUCACUUUGCAAGGCGAUUGAGAAUGUUUAUCCUCUUUCUCAACAUGGCAUUUGCAUUCACCAUCUGUUGAAUAAUGUGGUCAAACAUUUUAGAGGAAAGGGAUUGGUUGCAUUGAUUGCAAAAGCUUCUAAAGCUUAUAGAGUUGUUGAUUUUCAGCAGAGAUUCCAAGCUGUUUGCAAUAUUAGUCCAGCUAUUGGAAACUAUUUAACGGAAGCUGAGAUUUCAAAGUGGGCUCGCUGUCAGUUUCCAGGAUUCAGGUACGACAUCAGGACGACAAACCCGGCUGAAUCAAUAAACUCUGCUUUGCGCACACCAAGAGAGUAUCCUGUAAUUCCGUUGUUGGAUAGCAUCAGAGAAAUGUUGACACGUUGGUUCUUCGAACGUCGGACACUGAGCAGGAAGCAUACAAAACCAUUAACUGUUGCCAUCGAGAAGAAGAUAGAUAGGCGGAUUACGAAGGGUAAAACGUUUCUUGUCCAACCAAUUAACGAGCAUCGUUUUUUGGUUCGUGGAGAUACAAUUGACUGCCUGGUUGAUCUAGACAGACGGACUUGCUCAUGUGGGAAAUAUGACUUGCUAAAGAUUCCAUGUAGACACGCUAUCAAGGCUGGUUUAACAGUUGGCCGAGCCCCAUCUUCCCUUACGGAUGACAUGUACACUACUUCCACUUGGAGAACAGCUUAUGAGGAAACUAUUAAUCCAAUAGGUGUUCCUGAGGAUAGUUGGAUUGUUCCAGAUGAUGUUCGAAAUGCAAAUGUGCUACCUCCUGAAUCAAGAAGAGCAGCAGGAAGGAGAAGAAAACGAAGGUAUGAGACAGUUGAAGACAAGCUCCGUUCAUCGCAAGGAACUCAACAAAAAAAGAAGCGCAGAUGCAGUCGAUGUGGCGAAGAGAAUCAUAACAGGGCUACAUGUGACAGAGCUAUUUAA